AUGAUAAAAAGGCUGGGCAGACAUAGGGCAGGUGACGUGUCGCAUGCUUGGCUUGUAGAUAGAAAACAAACUUACCAUGUACGCUUAGGACACGUUACGCUCGUGAGGAAGAGGCAGUUCGUAUAG